CUAAAUUUCAACUUCGGUCUAUAACCUUUAGCCUUGUGUUUACUCGAACGCGGAGAGUUUUGGGCCUGAACGCACUUGGGAAACUUGGGAAGAAGGUUUACAUUCCCUUGUUGGACCGAGUUUGGGGCCUGAUCCUCGAAAAUGGAGCUGCCAUUCUCGGAGGUGAUUCUCUGAAGCUUCAUCGUUCUUCCAUUGUCCCCAUAAACCGUUAGCUCGAACAGAAGGCGAUUUCUUCUCUUCAUCUACUUCUGAAUCUUGCUGCUUUUCUUAACUAAGUGUAAGGUGGACUAUAAGAUUGACAUGCUUCAGGAUGGUACGAUAGCCUCUUGGUUUGGGCUGUAGCUACCCGGUGAAACAAGCAAAAAAUGCAAUCCCUUAGCUUACCAUCUAUGGUGCUACCAUGCAAAAGCUUCUGGCCUAAGGCUACACAAGGGAUCAACAGCAACAGAACAGAUUUUGCCAUCCAAGGGAUAAAUUUGAACUUUUCUAUCAUGAAACAAGGAAGGCUUGUGCCUAUCCUCAAUGAUUGCUCCCUCUACAUUCCUAAGGGACAGUUCUGGAUGCUGCUUGGUCCAAAUGGCUGUGGCAAAUCAACCCUCCUAAAGAUUUUGGCAGGUCUAAUAAAGCCAAACCAUGGAACCCUAAAUGUACAAGGCCCUACAGGCUUCGUUUUCCAGAAUCCAGAUCAUCAGGUAGUAAUGCCCACUGUUGAAACAGAUUGUGCAUUCGGUCUUGGUAGAUUUGACCUAACACCAGAUGAAGUAAGGACUAGAGUAGAAAGAUCAUUAGCGGCCGUGGGCAUGUUGGAGUAUUUGCAGAGGCCAAUUCAGACUCUCAGUGGUGGACAGAAGCAAAGGGUUGCAAUUGCUGGUGCUUUGGCUGAAGCAAGCCAAGUACUGCUGCUUGAUGAGCUUACAACUUUUCUUGAUAGACAUGAUCAGAUGGGAGUCAUAAAUGCAGUUCGGAGCUCCAAAGGUGGCCCUGAUGAAGUGACUGUUCUAUGGGUUACCCAUCGCUUGGAAGAGCUAAACUAUGCAGAUGGUGCAAUCUACAUGGAAGGUGGAAGAGUUGUCAUGCAUGGUGAUGUUCCGAGUGUGCGGAAUUUUCUAAGAGAUCAGCAUAUCCACGGGUAACUUUGGCAAAACCUCAAGGUUGAUUAUAGAAAGGAUGAUCGGUUUUGCAAGGACCAAGGCGUUGCAAUAAGGUGACCUGUGGUUGGCACCAGCAUUUUCAUGAAUGCUGUGGAGUUGGAGAUUAGACAUAAACAAGCUCAGGCUUCUGGGGGGAAGUGUGUACAGUGGAGCACAUCGUGGUUUGGAGCAUUAUUGAUCUGACAGGAAUUUUAUUGUCUUAGGAGAAAAAAAAAAUCUAUGUGAAGGAAAUUCUAGCAAUAUGUUCUAGAGUCUGGUUCUCCCACAAUUACUUGGCUUACUUCAUAUCAAGGCUUCAGAAAGCCACCAAAAGAGGAUGAAAAAACGGGAAGAUGGUUUGGUAUAUCUGAGUUAUGGCAACACUAAAACAGUCCAUGAUCAUGAAUUCAUAAACUUGCCAAAAAAUAAUGCAACAAUGGAUUGGCAUGUUCAAAUUUAA